GGCCCGGGCCGUCCGCCUGCUGGCUGCCUACACGGCGGCGGGGCGGCCCCGGGGCGCUGCUCGGGGCGCGUUCGGCAGCAGGAGGCCGGCGGCGGGGCGGCAUGCUGCCCGGCUUCUGCCGCGGGCACCCGGGGCGGUUGCUGUGGCUGCUGCUGCUCUGUCUCAGCCUCCCGGGCGGCAGCCUCGCAGGUCUGUUGAUGACAACAUGGGAUGCCAAUCAUACUCAAGAGAAUGCUUUGACUCAGAUGCACACUGGACUUAAUUCAUCUCCUGAGCCCAUAACAACUACACAGACUGUCAGCCAAACAACUUGGGACAGCGUUUCAGAUCAAUUGACACUUGGACAUGAUGUAUCUCCACCUGGUCCAGAUCUUACCACGUCAGAUUUUAAUGAGGUCAUCAAAGUGAACAAGUCUAAACCCCCUUAUGUUGAGUAUGAGGUGCUCCUUUCAGGUGAAACUGGUUCUUCUGUGAAAAAAAACAUCCCUUUGGGCAGUGCAGUUAUUAUUGAGCUGUCAUGCAGACUGGCUGAUAAAUAUUCUUACAUGAAAAUUCUUCAGGUGACUUGGAAGAGGGGAAAUGAAACAAUCAAGCACAUCAAUAAAACUGAAAAUAGCUGGAGCAUCCAAUUGUCUAUCUCAGAAAACAGAAAACUGGGAAGUUACACUUGUACUGUGAAAGGUGAAGAAAAAUUUAGUGUGGUGUUUCAUUUACAAGUACCGGAGAUUGAAGGAAGAGAAAAACCUGUCAUCAGUUAUGAAGGUGACUCAGCUAUACUGAUUUGUAAAAGUCACAGUUAUACUCCCAUUGCUUGGACCUGGUACAUGACCAAUGGAAGUGAACAGAUUGCCAUUAAUGACUCCCUGAUGUUGGACAAGUACAUAAUAGAUAGAGCAGAUCCUAGUGUAACCCAUCUGAAAAUACUGAAGCUCACCAAAGAAGAUGAUGGUGUAUACUGGUGUGAAGCUGCUUUUGAACUAGGGAAAAGUAAAGGAAAGCUGAAGCUUAAUGUUUUGACACUCAUGGUGCCACUUAAGCCAUUUCUAGCAAUAGUGGCUGAAGUUGUUAUUUUAAUAACUCUAAUUUUCAUUUUUGAGUUUUAUUCGAAAAAGAAAGAGAAACGUGGAGAAGAUGAAAAAGAAUUUGACCAAAUUGAGCAACUUAAAUCAGAAGAAAGCAAUGGUGUGGAAAACAGUAGUGCAAGGCACAGAAGGAUUUAAUCUGGUUACUAGAAAGGGAAGCUGAGCUUACAGAAGUGGAAAUGGUCACAAAGUUAAAGAAGUAUGCAGCUAUCAACUGUGCUUCUCUAUAAGCUCUUCUACAGUUGCAAGAAAUAAGAUGCUUUUAAAGUAGCUGUGAAAUGGCUCAUUUCUUAUAAAUAAUGUAUCCUGAUAUACUGCAUUUAGACUCUUGCUGUCUGUAAGACUGAUGUUUGUCAUUUUACUGCUGAAAGGCAGGUUUUUCUGUUUAGAUUUCAUAUUGUUGUAUGACUGUGUUUAGUUCCAGCUUAGGACAAAAUUAACCUUGCCUUUACUGAAUGAAUAGGUAAUACAGAAAGGGACCAUUAUCAAAAAGGGAAUUUCGAAUACUUGUUAAAACUGGACUUGCAAGAUCAGAAAUGUAUUUCCACCAAAGAAAAUGCCUUUUACUGGCAGGUAAAGCAACUGUGUCAGUGCCAUUUUUACCAAAGAGAUGUUCAAGGGGAAAUAUUUAUCAUGAUCUAUGUAGAAUAACGGUGGUUUUGCAAUUGCAGUGAAUAUUAAAAUGUCUUAAUUUUAACUUUUUGCUCAGCUUCGUUUAAUUAGAAGGAAGUAAAAUAUGUUCUGGGUACUUAAGAGAUUAAUUUCCAUGAGAUGUCCUCCUAUAUGGCUGAGAUACCAUAUUUUAUUUCCAAAUAGGCUGAACAUUCUAAAUAGACAACAAGCUGAAUGCUGUGCAGAUUAGAUAUUUUGGCGUUAUUUCAGAACAGGUGGAAGAAGGAAAAGGGAUACAGUAUCGUAUUAAACAUAAUUGAAAUAAUUACUUGAGCAAAUUACUGCAGCUCGAGAGCUGCAGAAUCAGUUCAGUGACUACAGUUAAUACAGAGAUUUUCAGUAAUCUACAUACAUGCCUCUUAACAUACAUUGUAUAAUUAGUAUUCCCACUUGCGUAUGGUAUUGUUCUUUGACAAACUGCAAUCAGAGUUCAGUGAGGGACUUGAGCAGCUAAAGUUUCUAGGGUAAUAGGUAAAGCAUGUUGAGUACCACUAGUUCUGUUGCACAUACUUAUGGCACUUUAUAAUUUCAAAUGUACCAGUUAGUUGUAAUAUAUAUUCAGCAAUUGAAAAUGGAAAAACAGUUAAUUGCACUAGUGGCCUUUGCUUGCUAAUCCAAAAGAAAAAUCAGAAGAGCAUUUCUUUUUAGAACAGGGGAAAGUAGGCUUUUGAAGGAUUUUUCUCUAUAAAAAAAUGUAAGGAAAAGACAGGCAGUAUUUGAGAAUUCCUUACAAAGUGAAAGGAAAAAAAAAAUCUGAAUUGCAUUUCCUUAAGCGGCCAUUUCUCUUUGAAAACAGGAAAAGGUAUAUAGAAAAAUAAAAUGGAAACAAAUAAGAGGAAAGGAAUUAAAGCUGUUUUACUGUUCCUAUAAGUGAAAACAUCAGAAUUGUUUAUUGCAUAUAGUUAGCAGGUUUGACAGUUCUAAAUUACAGCCUAAAUAAAAAACAGCGGGAGGAAUACAACCAUGAAAUGGUAGACUGUAGGGGCUGAACACUGAUAAAGAUUUCCCUUGCUGAGGUACUGUGUUUACUGUAUUUUGCCCUAGAUUCAUAUGCAUUAUUAAAAGCAAAAAAAAAAAUAAUAAUACGUUUGUAGGUUUUUAUAUGAAUUUCUUAUAGUAGCAUUUUUGCUAUAGCAAGUACAUUUUUGCAGGUUAAAAUACUUCUUUAUAUUGUUUGUUUGUUUGAAACAUAUUACUAGUCUGUUGCUUUUUGUAUACAACUUACUUCUGCCUUCAUUGAGCAUUCCUGCUUGAUCUCAAAAUUGUGGUAUGAGGUCUUGGCUACCUGUAAGUGAGUUGCAUCAACAGUGGUGGGUUUUUUUUUCUUUGUUGUUGUUAGUAAUAAAGGGCUGCAGUGAAAGCAGACUGGAACCAGGGAACCCUGAAGGAAGCAUGUAUUUUAGAUGUAUUGUGAAUUCCUCCUCUCAGGACUGCAGUAAUUUUGCUCCAACUGCCUGCUGAAACAUUACUUUGAUCUUUACCUCCCUCCAGUGUGCUCUGCUUGCUGUGCCUCCAAGGGAAUUGGUGCUUUUGUUUCAUUUGAGAAGUAGAUCUGUUCCUCCUAUGUUGGCCAAAGACACCAAAUAAGAGCCACAGCAAUCCCAAACCCAAGUAUAAGAAUACUGACUGAUGAACAAUUCAAAUUAGAAGAACUUCAAGUUACAUGCUUGGAAACUUAUUUCCACUAGUUUCAAAUAGCUUUGUAGCCUUAUUUUCUUAUGCCAAAACAUGCAUAUAUAAUACAUUGAACUGUUUAUGGAAAAAAAUAAUCCAAAGUUCCAAGAUCUGCAACAUUUUACUAAAGCUGUCUUUAAAUGGCCUAAAUUUAUUGUUCGUGACUGAUAGAGCCUGUUUUUGUUGUUGAAUCAUAUAAGGUUUCAAACUCGUAAUGUUUGCUCCAUCUCAGCCAAAAUGUUUUCUUUUUCCAUGAAGAAGUUUUGUCUGAUUUGCUUAUCUAUUCAUGCUUUCAUUUAAAGAAUAAAGACUGUACUCUUUUUUUCAUUAUUAGGGUAAUAUUUUCAUCAUCUGACUUGCUGAAUUAUUUUCAAGUUGACAUUAAAAGUUCUACAACAGUGCCUUGAAGGAAGCAGUAUGUCUUAGCCAUGGUUAAGUUAAUCUUUUCUCUUUUUGCAGUAUGUUUGUUAAAGAGUUUCCUCUGAAGCUUAACAGCAAAUUCUGUUUUUCUAGUAAAAGUACUGAGCCUAAUGCUUUUAUCACACUUGCCUUAUUUUACAUUCUGAUUUUAUACAGUGCUCCUUUGACUGUUUUAUUUUUUUUUUGCUUGAACAGAAAGAUGUAUACAGAAAAUGGAAUAUCUUCUAUAUGUUUAUGUAUUUGUAAUAGAGUAGUUACGAGUUCUAUGAAGUAGUAAUAUUGUACUUAGAAAUAAUUCAAAUAAACUUCACAAAUCUAUAAUGUUGCGAGUGUACUUAUCCCCUUCACAUCAAUAAAGUGAAAUUAGACUUCA